AUGAGGAGUGCCCUUGAUGAACCCAAGUGAGUAAGUAGCAAUCCCUUCAAUAAAUCUUCUCACUACUCGCGAGGAAAUGAUCCCACUGAAGAAAGGAGAGCCUUGAUGAAAGCUGCAAAUGAGGAGACCUCUUGAUGAACCCUUAUCUUCGCAACCUUAUUUUUAUUUUUCUGCUCCUCUGCCAUCAAUCUAUUGACCAAACAACCCAGAGAAAUGGAUGUUCUUCCGGAGGACAUCCUGAUGCAGAUCUUGGUGAGAUUACCCGUGAAAUGUUUGUUCCAAUUCAAAUGCGUUAGCAAAUCUUGGUGCUCUUUGAUCAAAAGCCCCCGUUUCACUGAUUUGCAUGUCAGCCGAGCCAAUUGCGGCGAUCAGGAAGGUGUCAUCCUGGUGAAGCGCUUCAUCAAGGAUGAGAGAAAAAUUGUUUUAUCAUUCCAUUCAAAGGAUGAAUCUUUAUCUCUCCAGGUUGUGGCCCCUGAUUUUGAGAUCCUUUCUUUUGAAUGGAGCACUGAGCAAUUUCGAGAAAUUCAAUAUCCUGAUAGAGUAGAAGACACUGAAGGAGAGUAUGGCAUGCAGAAACUCAUUGUCUUGGACAAUUCACUUGCCAUGAUAUGGUAUAACAUUACAGGGAGUCAAAUUUCGGAUCAGCAUUUCGACAUAUGGGUGAUGAUGGAGUACGGUGUGCAGGAGUCUUGGGUUAAAAAGUUUUCCAUAGGACCACUCUCCGGAAUCGAGAGCCCGUUAUCUUCAUGGAACAGUGAUAAACUGCUUUGGGAAAUGAGCAAUGGACAAUUGGCUUCGUCUGCUGUCCUAGGUGAUAAUCGAGGAAGUCUUACAAAAUACAACAUUCAUGGGUCUCCAACCACCCUGCAAGCUAAUAUUUAUCAUGAAAGUUUGGUUGCUCUUGGUGAACUAUGCGGUCGUCGAAUGAACUGAACUGGAGAUCAAAUGGGGGCUUGGAAAAAUCAUGCUCGUUAGAUGAGUUUAAUAUUGGUCGUAUUUUUUUGGUUUGAUGCCUUAGCUUUUACAAUAAGUCUUUUCAUUUGAAUCAUAUGUUAGAAAUUUGAACUUUAUGAUUGUUACUUGGUGCAUGUUUGAUCUCUGAACCUUCUUUGUUCUUGUUAUAUCAAAGUUAAAGAGGAAAAGAAUGAGUUCCCCAUGGCUUCUCGUUGCCUAGAAA